GAUCACGUGCGAAUAACAUAGCGCGAUAGUUUAUCUCGAAUUCCGUUAAAUUUUCUACACUGGUAGCCAUCCCACUCGCCAUACGAACAAACAACCAUACAAUGUCACCGAUCGCAAAACGCCGGAGAACCGACAUGGAAGAAACCUCUGGAGACGAAAAAGCCCUGCGACAGGCACAGAAGAAACAUGCGGCGGCGCAGCACAAGACGCAGUUGACGGCACAGGCGGUUGGCGAGAUGUACAGCUACAAGAGCAAUGUGUUCCGGAUGGAGACCGAGGAGAUGUUGAGUGAGGUUGCGUUCAAUUACGGGAGCAAGCGCAUGGCUUCCGUAGAGAAGACGCUGCAUCAACUGAAGGACCUGGUUGAUGCGAUUCCCGAGAGGAGCGGACUGAAGAUUGCGGAGGUUGAGGCAGAAAUGAAGAAGCGCAACAUCAAUAUUCCGUUCCCAGAAUCCAAGCCGGCGAAGGAUGCGCAGUACCAGUUUUCGUUCGCGAAGCCGUCAUAUGUCAAUGUUACCGGCAGUUAUGCGCUCAAAACGGUGAUCAAGCAGAAGGAGGGUCUUUCAAUAGAUCUAGUUCUUUCAAUGCCAUCUGAAAUGUUUCAAGAAAAAGACUACAUGAACUAUCGAUACUUCCACAAGCGCGCAUAUUAUUUAGCCGUCGUCGCAAGUGCCCUCGCCGACUCGAAAGAACUGAGGGGGUUAAAGAUGGAGUAUAGUUUCAUGAACGGUGACCAGCUGAAGCCGAUUCUCGUCGUCUCACCUGGCAGCGAAGCAGGGUCCGACGCAAAGUCCCUCAAAUGGUCUAUCAACAUUAUUCCUUCCGCACCGUCAAAUAUCUUCCCCGCCGGAAAGCUGUAUCCACUCAAGAAUUGUGUGCGGCCGCAGCAGGCUGCCGAUGCCCCCGCUAAGGCGACGAGUGCGCCCGUCUUCGACCCUACUCCUGUCUACAAUGCUUCGCUUGCUGCCGAUAUGACCUAUUUCCCGUACCUGGCACUGCUGCAUUCUAGCUCAUCUACAUGCGCGGCGUUCACUGAUGCGUGCGUACUGGGACGGGUAUGGUUAAGACAACGAGGUUUUGGGGGUGCCGUGAGCAAAGGCGGGUUUGGACAUUUUGAGUGGGCGGUCAUAAUGGCCUUCCUUCUGAAAGGCGGCGGGACUAAGGGUCAUGCGCUGUUGGCUGCUGGUUACAGUAACUACCAAAUGUUCAAGGCAAUGCUGCAGUUUUUGGCCGGGAGGAAUCUGUCGAUUGAUCCCCUGGUCUUUGGAACGACUGAGAGUGUGAAGAAGGCGGGCUCGAAGGCUCCGGUACUCUUUGAUGGGGAGCGUGGGGUUAAUGUGCUGUAUAAGAUGACGCCGUGGAGUUAUGAAAUGCUGCGACACGAAGCAGAGCGUACUCUGGAAUGCCUCAAUAAUACCACAUUGUCUGAUCAGUUCGAGGUUGUCUUUUUGCAGAAGGCGGAUGAACCUUGCUACAAGUUCGACGUCGUUGCACGUCUUCCCUUUCCGUCAGAAGCAGAGCUUGCUGGUCACGUAUCUGUGACGGCGAUAAGCCUCGGCAGGGAAGUGGACUAUGCCCAGCGGAUCUAUAACGUUUUAAAGGAAGGUCUUACCGAUCGUGCCUCGCUGAUCCACCUCUCGCUCCCUAGCGAAAGAUCCUUCGCAAUCAAGGGCACCCCACAAGCGGAUAUUUCGUCCGGCAAGAUCACUAUUGGACUUCUCCUAAACCCCCAGAAUGUCUCGCGAACAAUCGACCGCGGUCCAUCCCCUGAGGAGAAGAAGAAAGCUGCAGCUUUCCGCAUGUUCUGGGGCCCCAAGGCAGAACUUCGACGGUUCCCGGACGGCAGCAUCAUCGAGAGUGUCACCUGGCCCAAGUCGAAAGUACCAGUGUACCAGCAAAUCAUCUCUCACAUCUUCACUCGGCAUUUCGAUGUGGAGUUGGUAGAGCAUCUGGAGUUCGUUGGCAAUGCGUUUAAUCACAUACUUGACGGCGGUGAGCAGGUCACAUUGUUCCAGCCCGUCUAUGACGCCUUCGAUACGUUGGAUAGAGACCUGAAGAGCUUGACCGGAAUUCCGCUUGCCAUGCGGCACGUUUCUGCAGCCGCACCUGCUCUUCGUGCUGCUACCGUCGACAUCCCCAUGACGCCGGACCACCCGCUCAUGGAACCCGCCGACGUCGUGGUGCAAUUCGAAUCCUCUAGUAGAUGGCCCGACGACCUUGUCGCCAUCCAAAAGACCAAGGCCUCUUUUUUGAUCCAAAUGGGACGCCUGCUCGAGGAAAAGAAGCCUGACCAACUCAUAACCCGCGUCGGCCUGGAGAAUGAAACCGCCGAAAUAAUGAAUUACGCCUUCCUGGACGUGAUCUACCUCUCCGGACCAUCCUUCCGUAUUCGCAUCUACCACGACCGUGAAGCGACUCUCCUUGAGAACCGGAGCAAAGACCCAAGUCUCUCUCCACGCUCUAAAGACGCUGCCAUCGCCGCCCUGGCCGCGCAUCGCCGAACAUUCGUCCUCGCCCCCCGCCACACCGACGGAAUCCGGCAGCUAACCCACCGCUUCCCUCUCCUCUCCCCCACUAUCCGCCUCCUCAAGAGGUGGUUCUCCUCGCAACUCCUGACGCCUCACGUCACCGAAGAAUUCAUCGAACUCCUCGCUGCCCGCAGCUUCCUUUACCCAUUUCCCAAUUCCGUGCCCGCAAGUGUGCUUACCGGCUUCCUUCGCACUAUCGGCUUCCUCGCCCGGUGGGACUGGCGCACCGACCCACUAAUCCUCGAUAUCUCCUCCACGGACGGCCUGAAGUCCGAGGACUUCACCAAGAUCCGCGAGAACUUUACAAACACCCGCACGCACACCGACCCGGCGAUGAACCACGUCGCGAUGUGGGUAGCCAGCAACCACGAUCGCGAGCACUCGCUAUGGACCACCGGCAACCGGCCGGCCAAGGUCGUCGCCGCGCGCAUCACCGCCCUGGCCCGCGCGGCCCGAAGCCACCUUGACGGUAAGAUCCUCUUCUCGCCGGAAACAGCCGAGUUCGACUUCGUACUCGAUCUCAACCCGCGCUUCGUCCGCGGUAGCGGCGUGAAGAAGUCCUCCUCCUCCACCACAAAAUUCAAGAAUCUGGAGCAGUCGGGCGAGGUCACCGCCGAGGACCUGGGCCGUCUCGGCUUUGAUCCCGUGGGCGCUUUUGUCGAGGAGAUAUCCACGCUGUACAGCGGUACGGUGAUAUUCUUCUCCUCGCCGUCGUGGCCGGUGGUCGGGGGCGUGUGGGCGCCGAGUACGGCCAGGAAGUGGAAGGCGGAGCUGGGGUACUCGUCGAUUCCUGUUGCAGCGAAGAAAGCGCAGGAGGAGCAGGAGGACGGCGAUGUCCAGGUGAAAUUGAACAAGGACGCGAUUCUGAAUGAAAUCGCUAGGAUCGGCGGGGAGUUGGUUUCGAGGGUCGUGGUUAAUAGGGCUUGAUUGCUGUAAAUAUGUAGUUGGAUGUUCAAAUAUAGAACGGUGGUAAAUGGAUGAGCCGGUUGCUCGUGAUUCAGAAGUAUUCAUUGUUUUGCA